UGGUAGUAGUGACGGUAGAGCGACGGUGGUGGUGGUGCUGGCGGCGCACUGCGAGGCUCUCAUAUUUGUUUACACCUCUGCGUCAGCUGUUAAGUCCUGGACAUAAAAGAUAUAUUUAAUAUCCCACAGUUUCUCAUCCUUAAUUUCAAUCUCAAGUGUGUAAAUAAAAUUUCCGUAAACGAGUUAUAAAACUUUAUAAUAAGACCUUCAUUUAAAACUGAUCAACAAAUAAAAUAUUUAUUGAGUUGAAAAGGAUAUUUAUGGUGAUUUGGGACUCCGGAGAUCUUUACGUCGAGGUGAUUGCUACACGAGACUGUCAAGUGUUGUGGGGGAGGACAGACUUUUGUUGAUAGUUUGUUGGCCACAGUGUGUAUGUCCCUGAUGGUCGCCUGACACUCCUAUAGCACCACUAUUAUGCCUAACUCCGUCGGCUUACACCCAGGAGAGCAGUAUUCUCCAGUGACGGGGUUGAUCUAUGUGUUUAACCUCAUUGUUGGCACAGGAUGCUUGACACUGCCAGCAGCUUUUGCUGCUGCUGGGUGGGGCCUCUCUGCUGGGGGAAUCCUGCUCCUUGCCCUUGUUAGCUACAUGACGACGACGUGGGUUGUGGAGAGCAUGGCGUGUGCCAACGCCAUCAACCACUGGCGACGGAUGAAGCAGCUCAAGAAGGUGCCUUUUGCCUCCUCUCCAGACCAUCAUCUUGGUUAUCAAAACCAUUGCUUACAGCACAUUUCCCCACCUCCAUCACCACCACCACCAGCAGAUACUUUGUUAGAGUCUUUAUGCACAACUACCACCAUUUCUGCUUCCACCUUCACUGCCACUUGUACCAGCACUGCCUCGCCAUGCCUCCAGGAUGCUGCUGACAACUCUUUGACUUCGAUGACGUCCAUCUUGCGGGGUCAAGUGGCAGAUGAGCUGGUGAACAGAACGUUAGAAAAUGCUGAAGCUGACUUACGAUCUACUGACACGUCAGAGGACCAAGAUGACCACGAAGAGGAAUCACCACUGAUAACAGAGGGAGUAAUAGAAAGAACAGUUGGUGAAUACUAUGCCAUUCAGGAGCAGAUUGAGAUGGGACAGAUGGCAGAACUAUUUUAUCCUAAAGUUUGGGACAAGGUGUUUUAUGUUGUGCUUUGCAUAUAUCUAUAUGGAGAUCUGGCUAUUUAUGUGGCUGCUGUGGCAAAGUCACUGAGAGACAGUAUAUGUAACUAUGUACCUGAGAAUUGCACAAUGGAACUCAUGGAUGCAGAUCCAUGUUUCAGGGACUCGGAUCUAACAAGAUUAGAUUUAUACAGAAUAUGUACAGCUGCUUUCAUUGGUGUGAUGGGCCCUUUUGUAUUCUUCAAUCUUACUAAAACAAAAUAUAUGCAGAUGAUUACUACAUUAACUAGAUGGCUUGCAAUGGGAAUUAUGAUUGCAUGGGCCAUUGUGUUAUUAGCUGAGGAAAAAGGUGAUGGACAUCCUCCACCAGCUGAUGUCACCAAAUUGCCACAGUUAUUUGGAGUGUGUGUGUACAGUUUUAUGUGUCAUCAUUCUUUACCUGCACUAAUUACUCCUGUGAAUGAAAAAAGAUCAAUCAUAAAGUUACUUGGUGCUGACUACCUGCUCAUCUUGAUGUUUUACUACCUCCUGGCCUUCACGGGGGUGUUUGCCUUUGUUCGCCUCAAUGACCUCUACACACUCAACUUCCAGCCAGAUAGAUGCAAGACUAGUGAUACCUCUCUCAUAGUGUAUGCACUCCAGGUGUUUCUUCUGAUGUUCCCAGUCUUCACAUUAAGCACAAAUUUCCCCAUCAUUGCAAUUACACUGCGUAAUAAUUUAAAGGGACUUUGUCUACGCGAAAGUCGUCGGUACUCCUUCUUUACCACACGCUGCCUUUUCCCUCUUCUAGCCAUAAUUCCUCCAACACUAGUGGGUCUCGUUACAACUGAUGUGGAGAUCUUAGUUGGCAUUACUGGUGCCUAUGCAGGAUCAUUUAUACAGUAUGUCGUACCAGCCACUCUAGUUUACUAUGCCCGUAAGAUGACUCUACGGCACAUUGGUAUGGGAGUGAAGAACCCUUUUUCUGCACCACUCCAGCACUCUGCUUGGAUCGUCAUCAUCUGUGUGUGGGCUGCGUUAUGCCAAGUUUUUGUCACAAUUUACCUGGUAGAGCAAUAUAAAGGAAAAUAGCUGGUAUAGUAUUUUUUUGUAAUGAAAGAAGAACCACAAAAAUUUAGAUUUGUAUUACAGUAUUAUAUUUUUGGCAUGUGCAUUAAUCAGAUUCAUUAAUAAUUUUAAAGUAAGGAUAUUAAAUAUUUGAUAGAAUCUCCGUACUAUAUAUAUCCAAUAGAUUGUACAAUAUAUAUAUCCAAUAAUUUGUAUCUCUAAAUUAUGCCAUGAUUAUUUAAUCAUGCCAUCUGAUAUACUUUAAAUGCUCAUCAAUUCUACCAAGGAUACGUGAUAUUAAUGGGAUUCCAAAACUAAUUUUUUUCUUCCAAAUACAAGAGAACUGAAGCCUAGCUAUGCUUUGGCAGUGCAAGAUAUUAUUUAAAUUAAUGUAAUUUAUUUUCUAAUAAUGUUUCUUCCUUGAUAACCUUUAUGAUAUGUGAUAUAAAAAUUUGGAUUCGUAGUCCUGAGGUUCUGGGUUCAAUCCCCGGUGGAGGCGGAAACAAAUGGGCAGAGUUUCUUUCACUCUGAUGCCCCUGUUAUCUAGUAGUAAAUAGGUACCUGGGAGUUAGACAGC